CAGUUAUUUCUGAAUGUGAACCAGAGUGAUUACAUACCAUACGUGGCUGAUGAUCCAGGUGUCGUUCUGUCGAUACAUGAAAAUGGGUACAGACCAUAUUUACAAAGCAAUGGGUUCUCAGUAUCACCUGGCUUUAAAACAGAUAUAUCAUUGUUUCAGAAGAGAAUGUUGAGGAAAAGGGAAGUAUUUGGUAAUACAGAUUUAUGUGAUGACAGUGGUGAAUUUACCAACAUCCAGGCCUGCUUCGAACUAUGUAUAGAAAAGAUUGUGGAAAAGAACUGUAACUGUUCACCUACUUUGUCAGAUGUUAGCUUAGGACUGUGGAUUUGUGAUGACCCUGAAGAGCUUCUGUGUAUGGCACUAGCUGAAAAGGGUAGCGACAACUGCAGUUGCAAAGAGCCUUGCAACGAAAUAAAAUAUGAGACAUUCCGUUCAAUGACAACAUGGCCAGGAAGAAGUUAUGUAGGAGUACUUGAUGCAAUCCUGAAACAAAGAGGUGUGGCAUACCAGGACUUAAGGGAAAGUUUAUUGUUUAUCAACAUAUACUUUUCCUCCCUUCAGGAGGAAGUUACUGAAGAGGAACUUGCAUACACGAUUGAAAACUUUUGGUCUGAUAUUGGAGGAUCCCUUGGACUAUGGGUUGGCAUGUCAGUAAUAAGCCUGGGUGAAAUUCUAGAGCUUGGAAUUCUUAUUCUACGAUUCAUUAGAAAGCGAAGUGUCCGGUUGCUUACUACAGAGCAAAAUAGAGAUGAAGCUGAAGUCAAACUGAAUGAUGGUUUAAAUCAGAUAAUCAAAGGAUUUAAUGGCAUAAAUGAAGAGAAACAAGAAGGGAGGAUUGAAUUUAACGAUGGUUUAAAUAAAAUCAUCAAAAGCAUCAACAUGCUAUCUGCCGAGCAACAAAAACGAGACAAUGAUGAGAAUGCUAAUUACAGUGAAAUCUCGAUCGUUGAAAAUGUUUUACCAAAACAGUAUAAUGUAUUUCCGGAUCAUGUGUUGUAAUGGAAGUAUGCAUACUUUAAACGUAUAAUUAUAUUAAUUAUAUAAACAUGCAUUUAACACUGAUAAGUAACCAUAAACAAUAUACUAAUAUUUAAGAUAUUGUAUUUAAAAUAUACAUGUAGUUUAUUUUAUUGUUAUGACAUGAGUCAACAUGAAGAUUGGUUUGAUGUCUAGAUUUUUUUCUGCGAUGUGAAAAGUGUGAAUCCUUAUCUAUAACAGUGUAUAUUAUGAUUGUGCAGUUUAGGAACUAUAAUAGACUGUGAAUAAAUAUGUACUUCAUUCUUUUAAAAUUUUAAAAUCAUAGGUGAAGUCGGACGGUCGAAUUAAAAAUGACUGACUUUGUCGCUUAUAUUAUUUAGACAAAAUAGAAAGAUUUAAAAAUUAAAUUGAGUAAUGGUUUCUAGCUUACCAAAUUAUAAGCCUGGUAAACUUAUUUUUCAUGAGUUUUUCAAAAUAUAUAUUGUGAGUACUAGUAUUCAUAUUGAAUACACUAAUUAAUUGUA